AUGACUACCGGAGUCUCCCCGUCUAGCUCCCCACGUCUCCCCAGUCCGCCCCCGUUCACAGAAGUCCAGAUCGGUCCUCAGUCACCUUCAAUCGGCGAGAACUUUGGCAAGGAUGGGGAGCAGCUUCUUGGAGCUGCUGCUGGAGAAGACGAUGGUUCAACGCGCAGAAUCCGCCCGGGGACCAAAGCCGCUGACAUGGCCUUUGGACCACCGUUGAUUCCUUUGUCCCAGCUUGAUUCACCUUUCCAGCUCCAGGAACAUCUGAAAGCUUUGUACCACCAUUUCACCAAACCCGAAGGAUCUGAUAUCGUUGUCCCGAUUACCCGCGAGGUCGCAAUUCAGCUCGCUGAUCCCCCGGAGGGCGUCGACCGGUCGCUAUGGCUUUACGAGUUAUGCCGCUUUCUCACUAUGAAAGUCAACAACCUGAUCAUCGCUUUCUUCGCCGAGGACCCACCCUGCUCUGUGCAGACCUGUCCCGAGAUGCGCGCAUCCGAAUGGCAAUACCUCUGCGCCGUGCAUGAUCCUCCUAAAUCAUGCUGCGCUAUCGAUUACUGCUGCCACACUCUCGACUGGGCGAAUAAUACCCUUACCUCACCGAAGUACUUCCCCAGCCGCCUGACGCUGGGCUCCGAGGCUGGCGGCGGCCCUCAGGCAAGCAUGAGGCACCUGACCAACGUUUUCCGCCGGCUUUAUCGGAUUUUCGCACACGCCUGGUUCCAGCACCGGGAUGUUUUUUGGGAAGUUGAGGGCCAUGAUGGCUUGUAUAUUUUCUUUCGGACGGUCUGCGACAUCUUCCAACUUAUCCCGGAGGACAACUAUACCAUUCCACCUGAAGCGGAAGGUCUCGAUGCGAUUCAGCCUAAAUUGGAGGAGCAGCCUGAUAGUAAGCGGUUGACUAUCCUUCGUAAGGAGAUUGAGACCCCUCUUGCUGCUGAGGUGGAAGGUCUGGAUCCGUCGAUUAGCACGGGUGCCACCACUCGGCGACACAAACAUAGCCCCUCUACUGGGUCGCGCGUCACAACCAUCACAGAGAGUGCGGAGGACCCGGAAGAAGUACCGCAGAUACAAGCUCCGCUACGCGAAGUGAUGAAGGGGUCGCCUGAGCCACGCCCUCCGUCUGCUGUGGAGAAUCGUCCCAAGCCCCAGCCUGAAGCUGAGAAUGCCGAGCAAGCUGCCACAGAAGAGGCUACCCAGUCGACUGAGUCAACUUCUGAUCCUGAAGAGGAGUCUCAGGAAGCGAUCGGGGAACCGGGCGAAGAACCCGAGGAAUCAUCGGAGCCUGAAGAGAAAACAGAAGCACCGGCACAGGAUGGCGAGGCCAACCCCGAAGAGUCCACGUCUACCGAUAAGCCCCUGGAGGGUGAGAUUGAGAAUGUGGCUACAUCUUCCGUUGAUCAGGAACCCAAAGAACCCGAAUCUGGACCUGAGUCUCAACCUGAACCCUCGAUCCCAACAUCCGAGCCCGAAUCUGAGUCAAAGACUGAGGAAACUUGA